AUGACCGAGCAACUCAUUCUCAAGGGCACCCUUGAGGGCCACACCGGAUGGGUUACGUCCCUCGCAACCUCGCUCGAGAAUCCAAACCUCUUGCUCUCCGGAUCUCGCGACAAGACCCUCAUUCAAUGGAACCUUACCCGUGACGAGAGCUCCUACGGAUACCCAAAGCGAUCUCUUCACGGUCACAGCCACAUUGUGUCGGAUGUUGUCAUCUCCUCUGACGGCGCCUACGCUCUCUCUGCCUCUUGGGAUAAGACUCUCCGCCUGUGGGAGCUUUCCACCGGUACCACCACCCGCCGAUUUGUCGGACACACCAACGAUGUUCUCUCUGUCUCUUUCUCCGCCGACAACAGACAAAUCGUUUCUGGAUCCCGCGACCGCACAAUCAAGCUCUGGAACACUCUCGGUGACUGCAAGUUCACUAUCACCGAGAAGGGACACGCCGAUUGGGUUUCUUGCGUUCGAUUCAGCCCUAACCCCCAAAACCCAGUUAUUGUCAGCAGUGGAUGGGACAAGCUCGUUAAGGUUUGGGAGCUCUCUUCCUGCAGACUACAAACCGACCAUAUCGGACACACCGGUUACAUCAACACCGUUACCAUCUCUCCUGACGGAUCUCUUUGCGCUUCAGGUGGCAAGGACGGAACUACCAUGCUCUGGGACUUGAACGAGUCGAAGCACCUUUACUCCUUGAACGCCGGUGAUGAGAUCCACGCCCUUGUUUUCUCCCCCAACAGAUACUGGCUCUGCGCCGCCACCUCCAGCAGCAUCAUCAUCUUCGACUUGGAGAAGAAGAGCAAGGUUGAUGAGUUGAAGCCAGAGUUCCAGGCCGUUGGCAAGAAGAGCAGAGAACCAGAGUGUGUCAGCUUGGCAUGGAGCGGAGAUGGACAGACUUUGUUCGCCGGUUACACCGACAACAUCAUUCGCGCUUGGGGUGUUAUGUCGAGAGCGUAG